AUGGGUUUCAUUCCGCUCGAACAGGCGAAUUUAUCCUGUGCGCCAACAAACGGUGUCGAGAAAAUGACGACAACGCAGGCCAAUGGCGACGACUUUGUGUCUUUCGAUAUAGCCGGCCUUGCCUCUGAUACCCCGAGUCCGACCGGCAUGAAAGAGGAGGUGGUGUUGCUCUCAUGGCUCAUGGUUCUUCUGCGAAGCCGCGAAGAUGCCCAAAUAUCCUACGACUGGACUUACAAACAUGACGCGGAUUAUGUGGUGCAGGAGCCAGUCAACAAGCUAUCAAUGAAUGAAGUAAUGAGCGGAUUACAAAGUAAUGUCGGAGAAGUUGGUGCGACAAUCGCGCGCAAUAUUGCGACAGGUUCACAAGCCGCUUCAAAUCCGGCGUCCCUAGUUCUGAGCACAAGCUCCCUUUUAAGAGAGCCUGGAGAAACUAAAGAUGAAGAUGUACUUCAUGUCGAAAUUCGCUUCAAUAAUGCGCGCCUCGAAAUCCGCCCAGUGUGGCACAUCGAGAAGAUGCUGCCAUACGCAGUGAAACACCAUAUCGAGGCGCUAGCUGAUACUAUCAAAGUGUGCCUUUCAAGCUCCGAUACGACCAUCCAAGACUGCCUGAAACCGACAGAAAGCGAUCUGAACGACAUCUGGGGGUGGAACCACAAGCUGCCUCCUACACACAGCUUCUGUAUGCAAGACAGAAUUGCCGAGAGAGCUCGCGAACACCCAGACAAAGUCGCGAUUGAUUCCUGGGACGGCAGCUUGACCUACGGUCAAGUUGAUCAGUAUUCUACUUAUGUAGCAUGCUCGCUCGUCGAAAUGGGCGUCCAGGUACACGACGUCCUUCCAGUAUGCUUCGAAAAGUCAAGAUGGACCAUUGUCGCCGUGCUCGGUGUGAUGAAGGCUGGAGGUACUCUCGCUCUCAUGGAUCCAACCCUUCCACUGGCCCGUCUCCAGAACAUGGGUGUGCAAGUCGGCGCAAAGUCGAUGGUUGCGUCUCGCAAGCAAUAUGAACUGGCCCAAACAAUUCUUCCCAGUGGUCAGCACUUCGUUGUGGACGAAGGGACAUUCACAAAAUUGGAGAACUCUCUAUCAACCACUACCCUACCGGUUGUGCCUCCGUCCGCCCUCCUGUACAUUAUUUUCACCUCUGGUAGCACUGGUACUCCCAAGGGAGUGAUGAUUUCCCAUGAAACAUACACAAGCAGCGCUCUUCCUCGAGGCGAGGCAGUUGGCUACACUCCAGAGUCCAGAGUUUUGGAUUUCGCGUCCUACGCUUUCGAUGUCAGCAUUGACAGCAUGCUUGUCACCAUCGGAAAUGGCGGCUGUCUUUGCAUUCCCUCUGAUGAGGACCGACUGAACGACAUCAAUGACGUGAUUCGGAAGUUCCGAAUCAACUACACUGGCCUGACUCCUUCAGUGGGCCGAAUCUUGGAACCGGAUGUUAUUGCAUCUCUCAGUGGUCUUGGACUUGGUGGAGAGGCUGUCUCGGCCAGAGACGCCAAUAACUGGGGCAAGAAGACCCGUAUCAUUAUCGGUUACGGCCCUUGCGAAUGUACAAUUGGAUGUACUAUCAACAGCAGCGCUGCCACUGGCAGGGAUUACAUUUCCAUCGGUCCUGGUAAUGGUGCUGCCUUGUGGAUCGUAAACCCGAAUGACCACAACGAACUUGUUCCAGUUGGUGGUGUGGGUGAGCUGCUCGUCGAGGGUCCUAUUGUUGGACAGGGUUACCUCAAUGACCCCGAGAAGACCGCCUCUGUUUUCAUCAACGAUCCUAUCUGGUUGGUUGCCGGUCACAAAGACUACCCCGGUCGUCGGGGCCGCCUGUACAAGACUGGUGACCUUGGUAAAUAUGACCCCGACGGCUUGGGGCGUGUCGAGCUUGGCGAGAUCGAGAGCCAGCUUAAGGCUGUUCUGCCUUCAGAUGCCAACAUCAUCGCCGAGGUGAUCACUCCCAAGGAGUACGGAGGCCAGGCGAUGCUAGUCGCAUUUGUUACAUUCGGUUCCACAAAGGGACAGACAGAUCUUGCAUUAGAGCGCCUCUCCAGCGAGCUGAACGAGGUAAUAACCAAGGCCAAUGCUGAUGUUGCAAAGGUCUUGCCACGGUACAUGGUGCCGACUAUCUAUAUUCCAGUUAACGUGAUGCCAGUGUUGAUUUCAGGCAAGACUGAUCGGAAGCAACUACGCGCAUUCGGUUCCACAGUUGACCUGCGUCAGCUGGAUCAGGGCGCAGCGAGCACCGCAACUCGCGAGCUCAGUGAGCUCGAGCAGCGUCUGCGGAAGACCUGGGGCGAGACACUCAAACUUGAUGCUAAAGCUAUUCGACCGGAUGACAACUUCUUUGCCCUUGGUGGUGAUUCUCUGGCAGCCAUGAGACUCUCGUCCGUGUGCAGAGCACAGGGUCUCGAUCUCUCUGUUAUUGACACCUUUGGCAACCCGACACUCUCUGCAAUGGCCAGCGUCGUUAAGCCCUGCAGCAUCGAGACUGAGACAGAAAUUCCUGCAUUCUCAUUAAUCUCCCAGCCUGUCGAGAGUGCCCGUCUCGAAGCAGCAGAGGCCUGUGGCGUUGACAAAGAGGCCAUCGAGGAUAUCUAUCUAUGCACACCCACUCAAGAGUCACUGUUUACUUUCUCACUCAAAUCAGACAAGGCAUACAUUGCCCAGAGAGUCGCAAGCAUCCCAUCGCAUAUUUCCACCGAUGCCUGGAGGAAGGCGUGGGAGCAUGUUGUCGCCGCAAGCCCUAUCCUCCGCUCUCGCCUGGCGCCUCUCCAAGACCCUGGUCUCCAGCAGAUUGUUGUCAAGGAAGGCGUUUCCUGGAGGUACGCCACCGAACUAGAGCAGUACCUUGAGAACGACCGAAGUGAGCGCAUGAACCUCGGACAAAGCCUGGCUCGCUACGCCAUCGUCGCAAACGACGACAAGCGAUACAUGGUCUGGACCGUUCAUCAUGUCCUCUAUGACGGAUGGUCAGAGCCGAUUGUCCUCAAGCAAGUUAGUGAUGCGUUGCAAAACCAGUCCGUCGAGAUCCAGACAAAAAUGCGGAACUUCGUCAAAUACGUGCGUGACACCGACGAGAACGCUAUGCAUGAAUUCUGGCGUCGUGAACUUAGCGGUGCCGUUGGUCCCCAAUUCCCUCGUCACCCCUCCCGAGACUUCAUGCCAACUCCCAAUGGCCUGAUUGAGCAUCAGAUCUCCCUCGAGCCCAACGCCGGCUCGCAUUUCACAAUGGCCACGCUGGUCCGUGGUGCCUGGGCACUGGUAGCAUCCCAAUACACCGGAAGCGACGAUGUCGUCUUCGGCGAGACCCUCACCGGCCGCGAUAUUGCGCUGCCCGGCGUUGAAAGUAUCGUCGGACCCUUGAUCGCAACAAUCCCCAUCCGUGUUCAUGUCCGCCGCUCAAGCUCCAUUGAGGCUUAUCUGCAGACGAUCCAGCAAUCUGUCUUGGCCCGCACACCCUACCAACACAUGGGAAUGCAGAACAUCCGAAAGGUGAGCCAGGAUGCCCAGUACGCAUGCGAAGCCCCCACCGGUCUUGUCAUCCAGCCCGACCCGGAAUACGUGGGCAGUGAACUCGGCUUUGAGCUUGGAGACGUCGUGCGCGAAGCAAUCCACUUCAACCCGUACCCGGUCAUGGUAGCCUUUGGAAUCCGCAAGGGCGGUCUCAGAGUCUGCGCAAGCUUCGACACCAGUCUGAUUGAGGGCUCCCAAAUGCAGCGAAUCCUUGCCCAGCUGGAGACUGCUUGUACCCAGCUAUCGAAGGGUCUUAAUCGGAGACUUGAUGAGAUCUCUUGUCUUCCUGAAGCGGAGGUGAGUCAGAUCUGGCAGUGGAACCAGACUCCUCCCCUCUCUGUGGACGAGUCUACUGGUAAGCUCCGCGCGGAGGCCACUAUGAAGCAGGGAUCUGUCUACCCCCGUGCUGUGGUCCCCUGGGUGUGCGAUGCGCGCAACCCGGCACUUUUGUCGCCGAUCAACUCUGUUGGUGAGCUCUGGCUCGAGGGAGAUUGUCUCUCCGGUGAGACUGUUGAAUCUCCAGCCUGGCUUGUGGCUGGCAGUGCUGGAUCGGCUGGCCGGACUGGAAAGUUGCAGCCGACUGGCGAUAUGGUGCAACUGCGUGAGGAUGGAAGCAUGGUGUUUAUCGGCCGUAAGGAGAAUGUCGUGGCGCUCCAAGGACAUGCAAUUGAUAUUGCAGACCUUGAGUCACAUUUCGUUGACCAUCUCCCACCAUCAACUCGUGCUGCUGCGGCAGUUUUCAUGCCCUCGGCAGAAGAUACCCAGAAGAGGAUGGAGCAAGAGCUCGUUGUCUUCGUUGAGAAGCAGCCUUCUGAUGAAGACAGCAUUCAGAUUAUCUCAGAGAAGCACGAUGUUGCCAACAGUGAGUCUGGCUUUGAGACAACUAUCUGUGACGCGAUUCCAGUCAGCCUUGCUGUUUCCCUGAAGAAGCUCGACAAAUAUAUUCGAGACUCAUUGCCGGCCUAUAUGGCUCCCUCUGCAUACGUCGUGGUUGACAAGUUGCCCGCCGGACUAGAGCAACUCGAACAUACUAUCCUCAACCAUCUGGCUUCAGAGAUUCCCCAAAGCGUUCUCACCCAAGUCCGCGAGGGGACAAAGGAGGCAUGGACCAAGGGUUUGGCGCAGACCAACCUGACGCCCCAAGAGAAGAUCCUACAGGCUGCUUGGGCCAAGAUCCUCCGCCUCACCCCAGAACAGAUUGAUGUCGACGAUAACUUCUUCCGUCUGGGAGGUGACUCUGUCUUGGCAAUGAAACUGGUGUCCGGUCUCCGCACCCAAGGUCAUGCGUUGUCGGUGGCCGAUAUCUUCCAGAACAUGCGCCUCGGCGAUGCCGCCAAAGUGUUGAAGGUUGAUCAAGCUUCUAAGGACAGUGUCCAACCUUACAAGCCAUUCUCGGCGCUUAGCAAUUUGGACAUCAAGAUGUUCUUGGCUUCCACCGUCCGACCCAAGCUUGCCAACCCAGGUUGGCCAGUCCGUGAUGUCUGUCCCGUCACCGAGUCCCAAGCAAUGGAUAUCCAACAGACCAUCCAGGCGCCACGGACAUCCAUCCAGUACAACAUGUUGUAUUUUGACCAGACCAUCAACAGUGAACAAUUGCUUCGCGCAUGCGGUGACCUGGUCAAGGCCCACGACAUUUUGCGCACCGUGUUCAUCAAGAACGAAUCUAGCUUCCUCCAGGUUAUCUUGGAAGAGGCAACUCUGCCCGUGGCCAUGCACCAGACCGACAAGGAUCUCGAGCAAUACGUAACUGACCUCUGCAAAGCAGACAUCGAGACAACCUACGAGCUGGGAUCACCAUUCUUCAAAAUCUUCCACGUCGAAGGCACCGAUGGCAAGCACUGCCUCAUUCUUGGCCUUUCACACGCCCAAUACGAUGGUGUCUCACUGCCCAGAAUUCUGCAAGAUCUGGAGACCCUAUACACAGGAGGAAAGGUAAUCGACUUCGAGCCAUUCGCUUCAUACAUCGCCCACAUCUCCGACGGCCGUCUCCAGACCCAAGCAGUCAAAUACUGGAGCAAGCUCCUCAAGGACUCAACAUUGUCCGUACUGGAUGGCCCAAUUGUCGAACCCACCGACAAAGCGAUCUUCCACGAGAAAACAGUGGAGAACUUCACACCCGUGCAAGAAAUCACCGCUGCAAACGUCCUCACCGCAGCCUGGGCUUUGGUCCUAGCCCGCCGUCUCGGCAAGCCAGACGUGACAUUCGGAACAGUCACUUCGGGCCGAAUGCUCGACCUCGCGAAUGUAGAGAACGUCAUCGGUCCCUGCUACCAACUCACUCCAACCAGAGUGAAGUUCGAGUCCCAAUGGACAGCAAUGGACCUGCUGCAAUUUGUGCAGAAGCAAGCCGCCGAAUCUUCGGCAUACGAUUUCCUCGGCUUCGAGAAGAUCUCCAAGCAAUGCACCCAGUGGUCACCGGAGGCACGCACGUUCGACUCCAUUGUGCACCACCAGGACUGGGCUGACUUUGAUGCUAUGCCUUUUGCGGGGGCUUCUUGCAAGGUUGAUAUCUCGAACCCUCAUGGUGACGCUGCUUAUCCUCUGAAGGCGGUUUCGUUUGCUCGGGGUGGGAAGAUGCAUGUUGGCUUUGUUGGUAGUGAGAAGGAUGCGGCCUUUGUCGCUGCUACCCUCGAUGAGUUGGCAGCUGCUGUUCAGGAAUUGUCUAGCUGUGGCCCUGAGCCUUUGGUGCUCGAUGCUUGA